CCUCAGAGCCGGGGCGCUGCGGCAAGAUGGCGGCGGCGGCGGCGGCGGCCUCGCGUGGGGCCCGCAUCGCUUUGGCGGCCUACCGGGCCCUGGCCGCACCGACCCGCUCCAUUAGCAGCACCGGAACCGGCCCCACCGCUACGGAGGCGGUGCUGCAGGAGCGGCUGCGGCAGCAGCAGUCGGGCAGCGCGGCGCGGCCCGACCCCGGCGCUGGGGAGGAGGAGGAGCCGAGGAAGCAGCGCGUGGCGGCGGUUCGGCGGGUCGCAUUGAGGGUAGCGGGGCUGCUGGGAGCCGGGACCGGCCUCACCAUCAUCUACAUCUUCGGCAGUAACGCGGUGGAUGAACACGGAGCCAAGAUCCCAGAUGAGUUUGAUGGUGACCCUGUGGGCAUCCAGCAGCUCCGUAGGACGUAUAAAUACUUCAAGGACUACAGGCAGAUGAUAAUUGAGCCCACCAGUGCCAAGCUGCUCCCCGACCCUCUCCGUGAGCCCUACUACCAACCUCCCUACACCCUGGUCAUCGAGCUGACCGACGUCCUGCUGCAUCCUGAAUGGUCGCUCAUCACAGGUUGGCGCUUUAAGAAACGCCCGGGCAUUGACAGCCUGUUACAGCAGCUUGCACCUCUCUAUGAGAUAGUUAUCUUCACCUCCGAGACUGGCAUGACCGCCUUCCCCCUCAUCGACAGCAUUGACCCUCACGGCUUCAUCUCCUAUCGCCUCUUCCGCGACGCCACCCGUUAUAUGGACGGCCACCACGUCAAGGACAUCUCCUGCCUCAACAGAGAUCCAGCCAAGGUGGUGGUGGUCGACUGUCGUAAAGAAGCUUUCUGCUUACAGCCCUAUAACGGGUUGGCUCUGCAGCGGUGGGAUGGCAGCUCUGAUGAUCGUGCCCUAUAUGACCUGACAGCUUUACUUAAGACCAUUGCUCUCAGUGGAGUGGAGGACGUUCGCAGCGUGCUGGAGAACUACGCAUUAGAGGAAGACCCUUUAGCAGCAUUUAAACGACGCCGGUCGCAGCUGGAAGAGGAGGAACAGCAGCGUAUGGCUGAGAUGGCACAGGGCAAGAAGCCGCCGGGGCUGUUCCUUGGGGCUUUGGCCGGUCGUCUGUGGGCUCGAUCCAAGCAGCAAUGAUGGCUCCAAUGCGUUAUCAAUGUGAUAUUGGCACCCUGUUAUCUCACAUGCUGGGAUCACUGGCAAUGUUGUGUCGUGUCCCAGCUUAUGGUUGUUUUCCCUUGUUAUUUUGGGGAGGGGGGGGUUGAUUCCAUAAGGGAUUGGGGGG